UGGUCUAUAUCUACCACCUCUGUGUGGUCUUUCUCCACCAUCCGUGUGGCUCUUCUCCACCAUUAGUGUGUGGAUUUUCUCUCCCCACUCUCUUUGUGGUCCUUUCCAUCUAAAUCAGAAUCUUCCCAUCAAUCUUUCCCCAAAUCUCUGUUUUCAUACCCAUAAAUUCAUACCCAAAUUGCAUGAGGUUGCUUAGGGAGGAGACCAUCACUGCUCCUCAGUGGGUUUGGUUGGUUGCCUCUGUGUUUUGCCUUUCGUGGAUCCUGGUUGCGGGAAUAGCACUAAUUCCACAGCCAGUGAGUGGAUCGGCACCCCUUAUUGCUGAGUCUCUGCCUUCUUUUUUGUUUAUGAUACAAUUUUGGCAAGCUUUGAUUCUCCUUGCUUGGCUUUGUCAUGGCCUAGUUCAAGCUGAGUCGAAAAGAUCCCUCAUAGCCAUUGUAAAUAAGGCCAAAGUUCUUAUUGCUCAGUUAGUCAGAAUGAAGAUUCUCAUGUGGAAUUGUAGAGGAGCUCUUAAUCCGGAAUUUAAGAGAAGGGUUUGUGAGUUGGUUGUGAAUCAUCGCCCCUCGAUUAUGGUUAUUACGGAGACCAGAGUUGGUGGUGAGAGAGCUGAAAAAAUCAUAGAGGGAUUGCCCUUUGAUGGUUUUAUUACAACGGACACUAUUGGGUAUGCCGGUGGCUUAUGGAUCCUGUGGAAUAAAGAGGGUGCGGAAAUUUCUCUGUUGGCGAAUACGGAGCAGGAGAUACAUGCUACUCUUAAGGACGCUUGCCUGCAGCUUGGGUUUGGUCAACAUCAGUCUCCUCCGUAAUCCAAGGAAUACUAUCUAAGUUGGGGGUGUAAUAGUUAUCAUCAAGAUGGAUAGGAGCAACAUCAGCGGCAAGCUCCUCCUCCAGUGCACACUCUUCAUCAGAGUUCAGUGCGAGUGUGUUUGAUGAAAUCUAAAGGUGCCCAUUUGCAGUACUAGGGGCAAACAACUGCUUCAGCUUAUCGUAGUCGGGGCAUCCCUUCUUUCGCAGGUUAUUUGCGUUCCGAUUAGCCUACAACAACACAAGCAUAGGAACAAUUGUUAGGCAUCAAAGUAAUCAGAACAAUACAAAGACAUACCAUACUAACAUGAAACUCGAAAUGCAUAAAGUAACAUACCGCCACCACAUGUACCCAAACCUUGUCAGUGCAUGUAACAAUUUGGGUGGCCUCAUCCCACCCCAACCCCAUAUGAUUCAGCAAUUGACUCCACUUGCAUUGUUUACCCCAAAGUCUAUUGUGCUUUUGGAAGACUUUCUUAGCGGUGAAAUUUUUACCACUCCUUUUAUUAAGUUCUUGUGUCAUUGUUUCCCACAUAGGGCCCUUCAAAACACCAUUCUCCAUGUUACCCUUUAUUUGUUCCUCCACCAUAAUCUCUAUAAAUACGUGUUCCAUGUGGGGAGGCCACAUUUUGCCAUCCGCAUCUUGGGAUUCAUGUGCCAUCUAAUUCAAAUAUCUCGCAUGGUAAGAUAAACACACUUUGUAUUGAUAGGUAAAUAAAUGAACAAGGAAUAUUAAUGUGUUACCGCGACCAAGUAUGUUG